AAGUGGCUCUACCAACGACUGCGUUUCCUUACAAAGGAUCCAGAGAGGAGAGCGAAGUCUGCUAACGAGUUUUUGACCCACAUCCAACACCUGGAAGUGGAGGCAGACGAGGCAAUGGGGUCGUUCGACGUGGUCGCGUUGUUCACAUCUAUUCCACCCGGUCUGACCAUCGACACUAUCGACUGCCUUCUCCGCGAAAAAUAUGACGAGACUGAACAAAAACUGAAGCGGUUGCAUAUUAUCGAGCUCCCGGAACUGUGUAUUCAGAUUUACUUCACAUUCAAUAGCCAAGCCUACGAUGGGCUCGCCUCUGUCUGGGCUAAUUGCCGAAGCCGUUUUGCAGAGGCUACUGCGGUUGGUAUUAAGGUCUCAACCCCCAGAAUUCCGGGCCAGAUAUGUAGACGACACAUUUGCCGUAAUCAAAAGGGGCGACGUGCCGGCUUUUAA